GGGCGCGGGCGCAGGAUGGGCGCGGGGGCGCUGCGCGCGGUGCUGGCGGCGGUGCUGUGCGCCCGGCUCGGCGCCCAGCCCUGCGCCCCGGUGCGCGCCGCCUUCCAGGCGCUGCAGCCCGGCGCCCGCGGCGUGCCCGACGGCCCCCUCUCCGGGUCUGACUUGCAAGUGUGCCUCCCGAAGGGCUCCACGUGCUGCUCGAGAAAGAUGGAGGAAAAGUACCAGGCAACAGCUCGCUUGAACAUGGAGCAGCUUCUCCAGUCUGCCAGCAUGGAGCUGAAGUUCCUCGUCAUCCAGAACGCUGCCGUCUUCCAAGAAGCCUUCGAAAUUGUAGUACGGCACGCAAGAAACUACACCAACACCAUGUUUAGGAACCACUACCAGAACAUGGGGCCAAGGGCUCUCAAGUUCGUCGGAGAACUUUUUACGGACAUCUCGCUGUACAUACUGGGCUCGGACAUCAAUGUUAAUGACAUGAUAAACGAGUUUUUUGACAGCUUAUUCCCUUUGGUCUACUCGCACCUAAUUAACCCGGGCUUUCCGGACCCCUCUAUGGAAAUGACCGAGUGCCUGCGGGUAGCAAGGCGGGACCUCCGAAUCUUCGGUAAUUAUCCCAAAACAAUGAUGACGCAAGUGUCGAAGUCGCUGCAGGCAACUCGAGUCUUCCUCCAGGCGCUCAACCUGGGGAUUGAAGUGAUAAACACGACUGACCACUUAAAAUUCAGCAAGGACUGUGGGCGGGCGCUGCUGAAAAUGUGGUAUUGCUCGCAUUGCCAAGGACUCUUGUUGGCCAAGCCUUGCGCUGGAUACUGCAGUGUUGUGAUGCAAGGGUGUCUAGCGAGCGUGGUGGAGAUAGAUAAUUAUUGGAGAGAAUAUAUUCGGUCCCUGGAUGGGCUGACUAAAGGCAUGCACGGAGUCUAUGACAUGGAGCACGUCCUGCUCAAUCUCUUCUCCAUGAUACGAGACUCCAUCAUGUACGUUCAGAAGAGCGGAGGGAAGCUGUCAGCAACAGUUAGCCGGCUCUGCGGCCGUUCUCAGCAGAGGAAGUACAGGUCGGCCGCCUACCCCGAAGACCUUUUCAUUGACAAGAAGGUCCUGAAGCUGGCUCGGAUUGAACACGAGGAAACGCUGUCCAGCCGGAGAAGGGAGCUCAUCAUGAAGCUGAAGUCUCACGGCAGCUUCUACAGCAGCUUACCAGAGUACAUCUGCAGCCACAGGUCGGCCGUUCAAAACGACACCCUUUGCUGGAACGGGCAGGAGAUCACGGAGAGGUACAGUCACCCGGUCGUGCGCAAUGGAGCGAAAGCCCAGGCUGGCAACCACGAGAUGAAAAUGAAGGGCCCGGAGCCAGUGAUUAGUCAGAUUAUCGACAAGCUGAAGCACAUCAACCAGCUGCUGAAAGGGAUGUCAGUGCCGCGGCAGAAAACUCCCGACAAAACCACGGACGAGGACGAGUCGGAGAGUGGGGACUGCGAUGAUGAAGAUGACUGCAGCGGGGCCUCCGGGAAUGGAGACGUCAGAGUGAAGAACCAGCUCCGGUUCUUAGCAGAGCUGUCUUACGACCUCGACAUGGACGACGUUCCCUCGAAUAAACAGCUUUUGAAUCAGCAAAGCAAAGACGGUUCGGCGGUCCGCAGCCUGGGCUCCGGGAGUACCCUUGUGGGUCGUGUUCCCGUGGCUGCCGCUGUCGUGGUGGUCUUUCUCAUACUGGCCCACUGACUUUCUAUAGCGGCUACAACAGACUUUCCCAGAGAUCGACUUCUUCCCUCGGGUGUUCUUUGAGCAGGAACAGCCGUCCUUGUGGAAUAUAUGCACAUUUCCAAAGAUUAAGUUUGUUUUGUAAAAUAAAAAUCGGUAUCUUGGCAAAAAGGGGUUGGUUCACGGUGAAUUUUAGUUUUAGUGGGUUAACGAUGUGCUUUCUUUCUUUCUGUUUGUUUAAAAAAAAAAAAGUUUAAUAUAAACGAGUGAUACGCAUUAUGUUUUUAUCAGUUUACGAAGGCUGAAAUUUUCACUAUGGUUACACAGACAGGCAUAUUUUGUCUUGACUUAAUUUAAAAUGCAUGGCCUGAAGUCCUGGCAGCAUCGCAUCCCCGCUCUCAUCUGACUUUAAUCCAGAUCUCAUCCGUAGUUUAAAUGGGCUGUGUCUGACUCCAGAUAGGAAGCUCCAUCCCAAGCCCAUCAGGUGAAGGUGGGAGAUGGAGGGAGAGCAUGCACCCCCCAAAAUGGGAGAGGAAAUGAGCCAAAAGGACUGAGUUUUGUGCAUUCUCCUCUGCGAAGUUGAUCUCUUGCCCCUGCAGUCGGUAAAAAUGCUUCUGCUGAUGGUCGGGAGAAACCUUGGACCCCCCCCACUACACCCCAGCCCGAGGGGGAAGAGGGCGUGAGAUCCAUCGGGGCUGGGGGCCAAGAGAAAAUAGUCCCAGCAGGCAGGUGGGAGAUAAGUGGAGCUCCCGUGCAACAAAAGAAGACGACGUGUUUUGCAGAUGAGGCUUGGUCCGUGGUCAGGGCCCGAAGGACAAGUCUCCGGGAUCACAGCAGCCCUGUCCUGCAGCAAGUUGUUUCCGGGCAUGAAUGCUGCUCGUGGCGAGUUGUGAAGAGCAAGCACCCGUCUUCGAAGAGCAGUGACCGGCAGCAGCGCUUCCAGCUUCGGGCAGCACCAGGCAGCCCUGCCAGGCUCUUGCCCCGAAGCCCAGCUCACCCAGUCGACUGCCUUUUCUCGGAGAUCCCUCCCAGUUGCACAGAGCGCCCCGCGAUUUGCUCGGGGUCCCAGCAGACGCCCGAAGCAGACCUUCCCGUCCCAUUGGAAAUCUGCAAAUACCGAUCAAGACAAGGGACAGCGCCGGCCAGGCUGAAGGAUGGGCUUCCCCCCUAUUAUAGCAACGAGGAAAACCGGAGGGUUAGCAGCAGACACACAGCGCUACGGGACACUCAUUUGACUAUUUUUGCAUGUCGUUUGUAUUCAUUUAGCUCUGUCAAAUAUGUGGGCAGCAAGGAUUUUUGCAGGUGAUACCUCUUGUUGCACCAGCUGCGUGGUUGGGAUAGACUCGGACCAGCUUUUGAAUGCGGGGCGCCCUUCAGAUCCAAGGAAAAAUACCUGCUUCUCUAUGAACGAUGUAUCGCAAUAACUUCCCGCGUGUUUAAAGCGAAGUUUCACGUUGGAAACCAGGAGCCAGGUUGUGUUAUGUUACGUCCGCUCUCUGGAGACUUGGUUGUCCCUCCUGUAUAACCCGCUCUUCAUUUCAGCUCGAGUGACAUCCCCCUCCGUCCUGGCUUUCUGCAGAGGGAGGUGUUUCAUUAGUGAGCCAAACUGCACCCAAUCCACAGCCCUUACUACCAGCCACCCUUGUGCUCUGCUGAUUUGAGGACCAUUGCUCAACUCAGUGUCACCCAAAGUGUCCUGUUCUUGCUGCUCCUAAACCCCCUCUGCCGGUGUUCAUAGCUUUGAAAACCCUAAAUGCUACGGAGCAACACUUUGCUGCCUGCUUUUCAAGCAGAUUUAUUUCUUAGCCCUCCUGCUUCUUCACUCUCUUUCUGUUGCCUGCCCAGGAGCGAGCUGGUUUCUGCGCCGAUGGCACGCAUGGCCGCCUGUUUUUUCUCCCCGUUGCUGUCUGUUAGUCUCCGCUCUGCUAAUGGCAAAUGGUCAAUGUGAUGCAAUGAUUCCCCUCUCUCUUUCAUUUCUCCUCUAAUCAUUCCUUCCUAUCUUUCUGGUGGUGGACCCUGGCACCGGGAAAUGCAGUCUGUUUGGAGGUUGCGUGUUGGGAUCCUUCUGCUGUAAGAUAACGCCGGGAUCGGAGCGGGAGAGACGCUGGGCUGAAAUGCUCUGUACGCGGUUUCUUCCCGAGCUGAGUCACGAGACAGUCGGGUGCGUGUCGUCAGCUUUUCAAUGUAAUUUCUCUCUUACUAAGACAAUAUCUACUGUACUUUUCAAUGUAUUCUGUACCGCCUGGCUAGUGUUCCCAGUCUGCACCACUGCAAUGUGAUAGUAAUACUUGUCGACAGAAAGUCUCCUCUGUAGCAUGCUGAUCCUGUUUUUUUUCCUUUGCACGGACAUGCUGUUUAGCAAAGCCAACUUGUUUGAGACCUUGUUAUGAUAAUAGAUCACAGAAAACAGUCCUUGAAUCCUGUAUCUGCCAAGUUUCUAAAAUAAUACAUUAUAACCUGAGAAAGAUUUUCGAAUUCUG